UCAAAAGUUAGCAUUUUGUAUAUAGUCCUCCGCUUUUCUACGUACUUCCUUUCUCCAAAUAUCAUCUAAACCUUCAAAAACAUAUUGAUAACUUCUAUAUCAUUAUUUUUUUUCUAUUACUUAAGAAAGAAGUUGUAUAUUUCAUUCGAGAAAUUGAUUAAAAAAUCGAAUUGUAAGAAAUAAUUUCAGUUUGCAUUCGAAACUUUUCAAUUAGAGGAGCAAUGACUAAAGUUAAUGGAAAUUCAAAUGGAAAUGGAAUAUCUGCUUCCACAGAUCUUCUUGAUACGCCAUCUGCAUAUACUCAAAAGUCCAAUAAAACUCAUACUUCAAUCGACUUGAGAUCGGAUACGGUCACCGUUCCAUCGGUUGAAAUGAGAAGAGCAAUGGCAGAAGCUAUUGUUGGUGAUGAUGUCUAUGGAGAAGAUACAACAACUAAUAGACUUGAGCAAAGAUGUGCCGAGUUAUUUGGAAAAGAAGCUGGACUGUUUGUUACCAGUGGAACAAUGGGAAAUCUUUUGGCAAUCAUGGCACAUUGUCAACGUGGCGAGGAGAUAAUCGUCGGACGGUACAAUCAUAUUCAUCGUUGGGAACAGGGAAAUUAUGCUCAAUUUGCUGGGAUCUCUGCCACGACAUUGGAGGUGAAGCCCGAUGGAACGAUGGAUUUGAAUGACAUCGAACAGGCGAUCCGUGUCAAGGGAGGUUAUGUUCAAAUUAAAGAUGAGAGUUGUGAUGACUUGGAAGUGACGAGUAUACCCGUGAGAUUUAGAUUCUUUUAAUUUAUUUGAUAUAUUGAUGUGGUGUGAAAGAGACUGAACUGAAAAAUUCGGAAGUAAGUGAGGAAUUCUGAAGCUGAGUGAUCAAGCUGAAGAUUCCUCUUUUAGAUUUUCUGAAUAAAACUGAUCAAAUUUAGGAUUGUCACAUGCCAGCUUCAAAGCUGAUUUGCAUCGAGAACACCCAUAAUUAUACUGGAGGAAAAGCGCUUCCAAUUGAGUGGAUGAGAUCUGUAAAGCAGCUUGCUGAACGUCGUGAUCUCAAAGUUCAUAUGGAUGGAGCUCGGAUCUAUAAUGCAGCAGUUGCCUCCAACUGUUCCGUCAGCAAAAUCGCCUCGUUCGCCGACACUGUCCAAAUGUGUUUCUCCAAAGGACUCGGUGCUCCAGUUGGAUCAAUUGUUGUAGGACCGAAAGAUUUCAUUGAUCGUGCUAGACACAGUCGUAAGGCUUUGGGUGGAGGAUGGAGACAAAGUGGAAUUCUCGCUGCUGCUGCACAUAUUGCUCUUGAUCAUGCCGAUGCAACAAUUCGAGCUGAUCAUGAAAGAGCUAAAACAUUGGCAAGAAUGAUUAAUGACGCUACUCCAGAAGAAUUUAGAACGAAGGUCUUUGCUGCGGAAAAAGACAUCACCAACAUGGUUCUUGUUCAUUGCCAAAAUGGAGUUACAGUUCAACAGCUCACUGAUUUCUUCCAAAAACACGAUAUUCUGGCAAUGACUUUUGACGCAAGACGUAUUCGAAUGGUUCUCAACUGGAAUGUGAGCGAUGAGAAUUUGGAAACUAUCGUCGAAGUCUACAAGAAGUUUUUGAAACAAUUGUGAUUUUUCUUUGAAUAUUUAUGUACCAAUGAACCUGGCUCAGUCAUUUGCUGAUAUUCUCUUUACGCAAUUCGUAAUAAAUUAUCUUUGCUAAAA